ACCUUCAUAUAGUUAGUAAAUUACCUUAUUAAGAACAAUUUAGUGAUGUUAUGAUUGAUGAAGUGGGAGUGUAUAUUUUGUUUGUGACAGUGGGAGCAUCAUGACACCAGGUUUGACAUUUGUGCUCAGAAGUUACCAAUAAUAAUAGGUGGUGGAUAUUUGGCCGUGACUGGAUAACUUCCUACUAACGCUAUUUUACCUAUGAACCAGCAUGGGUCGCCAUCGAUUGUACAAGGGGACCUAUUCAAAGGCCCCAGAAAACCCGAAGACUGAGGAUGAGAGACAAGCUUUCUAUAAACAACGUAUAAAUGUGCCACGCUUCAAUGAUCUUUAUAUUGCUAAAGAUGAAAAUAGUGGACCUGACCAGUCCUCACAAGAUGCUUUUGAUUCCUUCGUUGAACGGGUAAAGUCUGGAGGAAUUUUUGAAGAAUCUGUACCAGACUUGAGCUACAGGAAACCUCUAGCAGUCAACAGUUUUCUUGUUAAUUCUACCAUAGGGAGUACAAGUCAUACCUCUGCUAAUGAUACUUUUGACAGACUUGUUGGACCCAGGACAACACAAUCCUGUCAAGUUAUGGUAGGUCAAUCCUCAUCAUCUGGAAGCUCUCUUGAUUAUAGUGGUGUUUUGUUUAAGUCCAUCCUAAGCAAUGCUCCAGCCCUGGACUCAUACUGCGUAGAACAUACAGGAUUGAAAUCUGUACCCGAAGGUCAAGAAGACAAUGAAGGAGAAACAGAUAAUAUACACUUAAAAGUGACACCUUAUAAUAGUCCUAAACAACCAUCCCAAAAAGAAACUCCAGUCAUCUUUACAAAGCCACAAAUGGCACAAUCACCACAGCUUUUUUCAUCUAAUGAAUUAUUAGAUAUUACUGAUAUUGAAAAUGCAACGGAGCAAUCAGCUGGUGGGCAGCAGUCUCCUAAAAUAUAUAAAACAACCACUGCAAUGGGGAACACAAAAAGUCUUCAGAUUGGGAAAGGAAAAAGUAAAGAUGGAGCUGUUAAUGCAGUUUCUUCUCCCAUUGUUACUUCUAAAGAUAAAAUAGAUGGCAAUGUUUUAUCCAAGAGAAAUAAAAAUGAAACCAGUGUAAAAAAAUCUGUUAAUCUUGUUGGUUGUAUAAGGAAGAUAGCAGGGAUUCAACUUUCAGAAGCAUCUGAUCCGUCAUCUUUUACUCCAUUAAUUCAAAAAUUUUUUAAUUCUGUAAAUAUUGUAGUAUCUCCUUUAGGGCAAAGCAGAUUGCCAAAUAACUCUCCACGGAUCCCUUCAAAUCAAAUUGACCCUAUAACAAGACACCAGAAAUUUUUGUUGGAUCAGGAACAAACAUCUAAAGUACCUCAAAAGUCUCUUGGGUCAGAAAAUAAUGGAAAAUCUAGUGUUAGAAGUGUAUGCACAAGUACUCCUGCAGAUGCUAGUAGGCAUAAGAAAAUUACAAGUUUAUGUACUUCUCCGUCAUUUGAACUCUCACCAGUGCCUCGGAGUGAUAGCAUCUUCACUGUGGAUAACUCUGUGUUUGAGAGUCCAAUGUGUUUCAAGGAAAAUAUUGUUAUUAACUCAAAUGAAUUGGGGUCCAGUCCUUCUCUUGGGAGUAAAUAUGAAACUUGCCUGACAUCUAACAGAUGUGAAGGAAGUGAUCUAUUGACUGAACUAGGUUCAUUAGAAAAGCUGAAGAAAAAUAACACUAGUGCAGUUAAAGAUAAUAUUACCAGUAAAGCAAAAGCUGACCAUCAGUCACAUGAUAAUUGUGCCAGUAAUUUCAAGGAACUAACUUGCAAACCAAUCAAGGAAGCGUACACUCCUGUGUUUGAUGUAAAGAAAAGUUCAGGAAAGAAGUCAUUGCCAGUUAAAACUUUUCAAAAAGAUCAUCUUGUAGGGAUCAGUGUGACUCCAUUGCAUGAUGAAAAUAGCAAAGACAAUACAGAGAUGACUCUUGAUUUAGUUAAUCACACAGAAAGACAAAGGAAAUAUGUUAAAAGAUUAGCACAAAGAGAUUUUUCUCCAGCUGAAAAGUCUGUAAUCUUUAUUGGUAGGAAGGACAGAAAAACAGUUAACCCAAACCUUAUUUUGUCCAAAACUAAGAGGAAGUGUAUAGUUGAUGCUCAAUUAUCAAAAAUUAAACAAUCCUCACAAAACAUUGAGCAUACCCAGAGAACUUCAGAGUUGGGAAGUACCUGUACUGCUUCGGAGGAAUUGGCUGAGGAUGAACAGUCCUUAAUACUAACAAGAAAAUCAAGAUUCUCACCCAGGAAAGGAAUUCAGUUGUUUGAACAACAGUCACCUGUAUUGCCUAGAUGGAGAACUUCAAAGAGAUUGGAGAGAAGGAUACUGAAGAAUUCUGUAUGUAAUGCGAGUCACUGUCAGGAAUCAAGCAGUAGUACAUCAAAAAUAUUUUGUGAUAAUGAACAGUCUGUAGUUGUUAAAAACAGAACAGGAAGAACCUACAACAAAAGAAGACAAUCCUCAGUAAAUGUACAGUCCCCUGUUAUCACCAGAAAACGACACUCUCAGAGGUUGUUAGAGAGGAAGAGCAAAGUCCCCAUCAAUGUGACUCACAACAGAGAUCAACCACAAUUUCAGCGAGUUCAGACAAGUUUGCAAAGACGGUCAACAAGAGGCUUUGUUACCAAUAGAAAUGCAAAAAACCCCAAAAGGAAUUUGAGCAUUAUGGAUUUCAGUAAAUUGUCAAUUGAAAUUGCAAAUGAAGGACUCGGCCAUACAGGGGAUAGCACUAUAUCCAUUGAUACUAAACCUGAGAAUUCUGUUUCUACCUACUUUAAAAAAAGAAAGCCGAGAUCAGAGCAGUUGAUACAUUGUAAGGCAAGUUCAGUCGAGAAUAAUUGUAACUCUUCUUUGAACGCCUCUGAGAUAUAUUCUGAAACUGAAGAAGAAUCAGAAUUUUGUGUGUCUGAAUGUGUAAAUGACAGUUUAAUAUCAGAGGAGAAAAUUAGCUUUAAUUUUGAAAACCUUAAACAAGACCCAAAUAAAGAAUCCAACUGCAGUGUCGAUGAUUUCUCAGCUCAAGAGGAUGAAUGGAAAGACCUCAGUAGCCAAAGAAGCAUACAAGAAUCCCAAGGACUUCAUUGGAAAACAUCUCAUAGAUCUGAAAUUGAUCUAGAAGAUGCUAAUACCACUGACAAUGUGUUGACAAAAUCAUUGAAACCAAAUGAUCCUCCAACACACUCUGGAUCUUCUUAUGACCUUGAAGAUGAAUGUGGAUCCCUUCCUUCCCUCAAUGUUAUCUCUACCAAACCAGGAAAGGGAUGGAGAAGAUCCUUUACCAACUUGGCCACUGCACAAGUACCGAACUCACUCAAUGCAGCUGGGCAGGUGAACGAUGAUGUUCGACGACAAACAGUGCAUCGCAUAUCAACUGGACUGAGGAAGACUUCGGGCCUGCGUAUGUCAGCCAUUCCACCAGAGAUAAAUCAUAAAAUUGAAAUGUUGACGGGUGCUCCUUUGGAAGAAAUGUGUAGACUGUCAGAGUCACACAGAAAAAUAACUUCUUUCAAUGAGACUUACAGAAACAAGGCUCCUCAAGUACCCUCUGAUCCUCGAGAACAUGUGUUGUUGUUGUGUAGUCAAGAGAAGCCUGUGCCACUGACUGAUUGUUUCUCAGAGAGCCGUCUAGCUUGCUGCAAGAAGAUUGGUGAGGGUGUGUAUGGUGAAGUGUUUAUGACUCGACCCAAUCCCAACAACUUAGAAGGAGCCACAGUUCUUAAGAUCAUGCCCAUUGAAGGAAGAUUUGAAGUCAAUGGAGAACCACAAAAGAUGUUUGAGGAAAUUUUGUCUGAGAUAGUUAUUUCACUAGAAUUGAGCAACCUUCAGAGACCAGACAGAAAAAAGAAUUGGACUGAAAACUUUGUCCAUAUGUUGAAUAGCUGGUGUAUUGAGGGAAGGUAUCACCAUGACCUUCUUCAUCUGUGGGAUGUGUUCCAUGAAGAAAAAGGGUCUGAAAACGACCGUCCAGAUAUAUUUCCUGACACUCAGUUAUACAUAGUGUUGGAAUUUGGUCAUGGAGGAAGUGACUUGGAAAGUUAUAUUUUCAACAAUGCCAGCAAUGCACUGGCAGUCUUUUUUCAGAUUGCCUACAGUUUAGCAGUUGCAGAAGAAGAAUUGGAAUUCGAGCAUCGAGAUCUUCAUUGGGGCAAUGUUUUAGUAUCACAAACUCGGGAAGCUGUACUUGAUUUUAAGCUGAAAGAAGAAAGUUUCACCCUUCGGACUCAUGGAUUGAAAGCCACUGUAAUUGAUUUUACAUUGUCAAGAAUGAAACUACCACAUUGUGUCGUUUACAACAACUUGGCAGAGGAUCCUUCUCUGUUCACUGCUCAAGGUGAUUAUCAGUUUGAGAUCUACAGGCAAAUGAAGAAGUCUAACAUGAAUGAUUGGGAGAAGUUCACGCCAUACACAAAUGUGUUGUGGCUUCACUACAUUCUGGAUAAGAUGACUUCUGACUGUUACUAUAAGAAUGUGAAGAGCAAGGUACACAAAACCCACAUGUCGCAGCUUAAUAAGUUGAAGCAGCAGAUGUUAGACUAUGAGAGUGCUUCAGACUUUGUAUUAAAGAGAGAGCAUUAAGUUGUAGGUGGAUAAAAAACAAAUAUUUUUUCCCAUUAGUGGUAGUUACUUCACUUGAUUAAAAAAAAAUAUAUAUUAUCUUAGUAUCUGUACAAGUAGUCUGCAAUUUACAAGCUUAAUGUGUUCCUUCAAAUGUGUUUGUAAACCAGAUCAAUAAAUCCCAUUGAAACAAUGAUAUAAAUAAUUAAUUGGUCCACAGAUGCAAGUACAAAUCAAUUUUUUUUAAAAUCAUAUCAUUCAUAAAUAAUGUUAUCAAAGCAUAAAGGAAUAAAUUGUUAUUAGAAAUAAUAUUAAUAACACAACACUGCACAAAAUAUGUAUGGCAUCACUCAGAGCAGAUUAAUUAUGGGAAGUAGCUAGUAAGCAGUUUUGCCAAUUGGUGAUGAUAUGUUCCAAAAAGGCUGUUUUGUGUGUAAAACAAACAUUGAAAAACCAAAAUGUGGUCAUAAAAUUAAUUAAUUUUUUUGCUGGGUGUUUGGAAAUUGAGGAUUAUCUUUACAGUAUUGAGUAAUGUUCUUUAGGUUAUGUAAAACAAUAGAUUUUAAUUAUUGUGUACAGUAUAUAUGAAUGUAUUGUAAAAGAGGAUGAGAUUAUAUUUUAUUUUUACAUUUUAAAUUCUUUGAUUUCCUUUUUCUAGUAGGAUGCUAAUUUGUACCAGCUUUUGUAAGCAAAUUGAGUUUUUAACAAAUAAAUAAAAGGUUCUUGAAG